AUGGCCCCGCAUCAAGUCACCCCCAACACCGUGCCCGAGGUCUGGGACAGACUCUAUGGUCAGCGCUUGGACCAAAAGACCCCACCUCCCAAAUGUCGAGUGGGCGAUCGUGUACGCCUCAACAAGAAACAUCGUCCCUUCAAAAAAGGCUAUUUACCGGGAUGGACGGAAGAAGUAUUUGUGGUCACGCAUGUCCGUCGUCAUCCUGUGGUCACCUAUCGACUCAGGGAAUGGGACGGCACGCCUAUAAAAGGCACGUUUUACGAACCCGAUGUACAAAAAGUGCAAGUGUCGGACGACUCGUUAUUUCGGGUCAAAAAAGUCUUGAAACGGAAAGGACGCAACGUGUUGGUACGGUGGAAAGGGUGGCCAGCCAAGUACGAUAGUUGGAUUCCAGCGCAACCCAGGCAUGGUACGAAUAAGAAUAACGCCCCGUAA